UCGGGUCCCGAGUGGGUUGACGACACAACGGUCACUCAAUGCAAGUCUUGCGGGUUUGUCUUCUCCUUUAUCAUCCGCAAGCAUCAUUGCCGAAUGUGCGGCCAUGUAUUCUGCAGAUAUUGCGCCGCAGAGACCUGGCCUCUACCCAAGUUUGAGUAUUUGUCUCCUGUGCGCGUUUGCCGCAAGUGUGCAAGGCUA